AUGUCGAAUCAGCAGCCAGCAAUAGUCCCCUCGUCUCGAGUUUCGGACUCGCCGUCUGAAAAUGGCAGCUUGAAAGCAGCAAAGAAGGCUGAUAAUGAUGGGUACCCUGACGACGCUGUACCUCCCACGGCCCCAGCUCUAGCCUCUCAACAGGGUCAGCGUAUGGAGGCAGCAAUGGGAGACUCAAUCUUGCGAUUUCUUCGAAUACGAAAGCCUCGGAAGGACAAUGUCUACGAUCUUGAUGCCAUCGCCACGCAGCCCAGUAUCUGGGACUCGGAAGACAUCGAACAAUACAAGGAACUGUACAUACAUCCACAAUGGGAGAACUGGUCAGCAUUCGAUCCCCAAUUUCGAUGGACAUGGCGAGAGGAAAAUGCCGUGCGUCGCAAGGUUGACUGGAAGAUCAUGGUUUGGAUGUGCAUCAUGUUUGCAGCCUUGAACAUCGAUAGGAACAACAUUGCCAAUGCCGUAUCCGACAAUAUGCUUGAUGAUCUUGGUAUCACAAAAGCCGACUACAACAUUGGACAAACGAUCUCUCGUGUUGGCUUUCUUGUCGCCGAGCUUCCCUCGCAGCUGAUUUCCAAGCGAAUUGGUCCAGACAUGUGGAUCCCGAUUCAGCUUUGUAUCUUCAGCCUCAUCUCGGCGAUGCAGUUCUUCUUGAAGGGUCGAGCAUCGUUCCUUGCCACCCGGUAUUUGAUUGCCUCAUUCCAAGGUGGAUUCAUUCCCGAUACGAUCCUCUAUUUAAGUUACUGGUACACUGGCACCAGACUUCCCAUCCGUUUAGCCUGGUUCUGGAUGUCUUCGCAACUCGUCGAUAUCGUAGUUGGCUUCGCUGCUGUAGGCAUGCUGUCCAUGCGUGGAAUGCUCGGCUAUGAGGGCUGGAGAUGGCUCUUCCUGAUUGAGGGUGCUUUUACAUUCCUGAUUGGCGUUGCGUCAUUCUUUCUGAUGCCUCAAUCGCCCGCGAGAACCAAGAGUUGGUGGUGCCCCAAAGGAUACUUUAACAAAAAGGAACAAAAGAUCAUUGUCAAUUCUGUCAUCCGAGACGACCCUCAAAAGGGAGGCAUGUAUAACAGACAAGGCUUAUCCCUCCGUCAAAUCUGGGAGUGCACCAAAGACUACGACAUGUGGCCCCUCUACGCUCUUGGCCUGCUAUUUGGUCUACCCAAGUAUCCCGUCAACCAAUACCUGACACUAUCCUUCCGCAGCCUUGGCUUCAACGUGAUUGAGACCAAUCUACUAUCGAUUCCAUACAUCGUCGGCUCUUGCAUCACGAUGUUGCUCAUCACAGCCUUUAGCGAACUUGUCAACAACAGGAGUUUCGUGUCCAUGGCGGAAGAUGCGUGGUUGCUUCCGUGCUUUGUGGCAUUGAUCGCACUUCCAGAUCCGAUUGGGCCUUGGGUUUACUUUGCUAUCUCGACUGUGCUACUUUCUUUCCCUUACACUCACCCGAUCCAAGUUGCCUGGACAAGUAGAAAUGCUGGAUCUGUACAAAACAGAACAGUAUCAGCCUCCCUUUACAACAUGUGGGUUCAAGUCAGUGGAAUGAUUGGCGCAAAUAUCUACCAACCUGAUGACUCUCCACGAUACUUCAAAGCAAACAAGGGUUUGCUCGUUAUUUGCAUCUGGCUAUGUCUGGUCCAAUACCCUGGCACCUUCUUCUACUAUAGGUGGAGGAACAACCAGAAGGCUAGGAAAUGGGAUGUUAUGACCCCAGAUGAACAACAUCUGUAUAGAACAACCACGACUGAUCAGGGAAACAAGCGCCUGGACUUUCGUUUCGCCACCUAG